AUGUUGGGCAAGAUCAUAUUCCUACUGUACCUCGUCACGUUCCUUGUGUUUCCAAGUUUUUCCGCUGAACCGCCCCGCAUACGCCGUCAAACAUUCUGCUUCCUCCGUGGGCUACAGGAUUGCGGGGGUCCUCGCCGGGAAUGUCUUGGUGAGGCUUGUGGGAUUCACGGCUGUCCUGGUCGAGGCGCCUGCCUGUGCUCCGAAACGGGCCAUUGGUACUGCAGCGGGCCCCGCAUCGGCCGCCAAGCGGACAGCAUCGAG